AAGGAGAGAGAUCGCGUGAGCACGCGUCCGUGUGUGUGUGUGUGUAUGUGUGAGGGUCGAGAGAGAUAGAGUGUGUGUGUGUGGGAAGAGAAGUAGAACAAUGAAGGAUCCUUUUCCCAUACCGCCCAUACCGGCCCUCAGCAGGGCCGUCGAGCCAUGGGCCGAGUAUCUGGGAGUGCAGACGUUGCCGCUGCACGUCCACGAGAUCAUCUUGAUGGCCGUCUUCUACCACUUUGUCGGCAGCGUCGUCUCCCCCGUGGUGUCGCGCCGACUGUUCCCCGCCCAAUACUCGGCCCUCCCUCGCGGGAAGAGGUUGAGCUGGGACGUCCACGUGGUCUCUUUGGUCCAGAGCACAACCAUCAACGCCCUCGCACUAUGGGUCAUGUUCGCCGAUGACGAGCGUAGGAACAUGGAUCUGCAGGAACGCAUCUGGGGCUACACCGGCGCCGCCGCCAUGAUCCAAGCCCUAGCCGCCGGCUACUUCGUCUGGGACCUCAUCAUCACCGCCUCCCACGUUCACAUCUUCGGCUUGGGCAUGCUCGCACAUGCCAUCAGCGCCCUACUCGUCUACUCGUUUGGUUUCCGACCUUUCGUGAACUACUACAGUUGCAACUUCAUUCUCUGGGAGUUGUCUUCGCCGUUCCUCAACAUCCAUUGGUUCUUUGACAAGCUAGGCAUGACCGGGUCCCGGGCCCAGCUCUAUAACGGAAUCUUGCUCAUCUUCACCUUCUUCUGCUGUCGUCUGGUCUGGGGCACAUACCAGUCCUUCCUAAUUGCUCGCGAUUUAUGGACCACACUACACUCAACCCCCAUUGUCCCCGCCACCUUGGCGCCCGAGGCUGCCCUCAACACCACUUUCCCUGACCAGUAUACGGACACGAUGCGGUUCGUAUCCGAAUCGAGCAGCAUCCCGCUAUGGCUCCCCAUCAUCUACACGGUCAGCAACCUAACGCUGAAUUCGUUGAACUUCUACUGGUUCUCCAAGAUGAUUGAUGCCAUCCGCAAGCGAUUCCAGCCCCUGAAGGAAGAAGAUGCCUCGGGGGCGGGAGCGACAAGCGAAGGCAAGGCGACGGCCACCGCUGUCGACGCCGACACGACGGGGUUGAAAACCCGUCCCCGCCGGCGGACCAUACUGGAUGGCGAAGAAGAGGGGGAUGAGCCUCCACCGGUCUGAGGAGCUCCUUGGCAGGUCCCGAAUGCCGCCGCGCCCGAUCGGAACCUGAACGUCCAUGUUCUAUAGUGCCGGCUGAACCGCGAUU